AUGUUUAUUUUUUUAAUUAAAAUUGCCGCGCAAUUUAAGGUUUUCUGUCACUUUUUUGUUAACCAUUUCGGUACGAAACAGUACGCAAUCAUAACAACAUCUACAUUUGACAAUCCUCCAAAAGUUUAUCCAUUUGAUAUACAGAUGGACACAUACAAUCUUUUGAAGAAAUCAGCAUUGGGAUCAUACCACACUAGUGAUAUCAGGAGAUGGUCAUCAUCAUUUUAUGUUUCACCAAACGACGUCAAUUUCUUGAAUAAACGAAGGAAAGAAGAGAAAAACGCCGAAAAAGAAGAAAUUAAGAUCGAACCAUUGAAAGUACGAGAUAUCAGAGAAGUAUCAAUUGAUGAAACUGUUAUUGAUCUCACUCCUGUUUCUUUUGUUGUUGAUCCAAAUGAUUUCUUGAAAAUCGAAUAA